GCCGAGGAACUCCGAACUCGAUAAAGGUCGCCAUUUUCUGGGCUAGUGGUGAAUGGAAGGGUAGUAAUUUUGUGUUUUCAAAGUCGAAAUCAAUAGUGUUGCUGAUUUAUUUAUGCAGGCUGUGUACAAAUGGCUUGUCUGAUAACUCUGAAACAAGAAAUAAAGACUUUAGAAGCCGUUUUCCCAAAGAAUCAUGAGAGGUUUCAGAUAGUGUCAGCUAGUGUGGACGAACUGAAUUGUCGAUUCGUCGGAAAGAAUGGAAAGAAGUACGACAUACACGCAAACAUAACCGAAACUUAUCCUUCUACCCCACCAGUGUGGUUUGCCGAGUCCGAAGAAACGAGUGUGACUAAUGCAGUUCAAAUACUGAGCAACACCUCGGGAAUGGAUAAUCACGUUCUGAAUCAAGUCAGCAUUUUAUUGAGAGAACUAUGCAGGUUGCACUGUGUACCUGAACCACCAGAUAUUGCACUGCUGAAAUUGCCUGGUCCUCAGGGCUCCUAUCGUCUUCCUGAUCGACAUGAUGAUGACAGGGAAAUGGAUGAUGAAGAUGAAGAUGAAGACGAUGAUGAUGGUGAUGAUCUGCAUCUUGACAUGGAUGAAGGAGAAAGUGUUGCUAAAAGCAAGGUGGAAGAGAUGGACACAGAACAUCUGGCAACACUUGAGAGACUUAGACAGAACCAGCGGCAAGAUUACCUUCGGGGCUCUGUUUCAGGAUCUGUUCAGGCAACAGACAGGCUAAUGAAGGAACUCAGAGAUGUGUAUCGCUCAGACAGCUUUAAGAAAGGGAUGUACAGCAUUGAACUCGUCAAUGAUAGCCUUUAUGAGUGGAAUAUUAGACUGAUGAGUGUUGAUCCUGAUUCACCACUGCAUAAUGAUCUGGUUCUCUUGAAAGAAAAAGAAGGGAAAGACAGCAUUCUACUCAAUAUGACUUUCAAGGAGGCGUAUCCUUUUGAACCACCAUUUGUUCGCGUGGUGCACCCAGUUAUUUCUGGAGGGUAUGUCUUGGUGGGAGGUGCCAUUUGCAUGGAGUUACUGACAAAACAAGGUUGGAGUUCUGCAUAUACUGUGGAGGCUGUAAUCAUGCAGAUCGCUGCAACGCUAGUCAAAGGAAAAGCCCGCAUCCAAUUUGGAGCCGCCAAGGUCUGUAACCAGAGCCAAUAUAGUCUCGCAAGAGCACAGCAGUCCUUCAAAUCCUUAGUUCAGAUCCAUGAAAAAAAUGGGUGGUUCACUCCUCCAAAAGAAGACGGCUAAUCGACAUAAAUUGUCACCUGUCUUGAAGUGACUGGGAAAGUGUAGACUGAUGAACAAAUACUUUCAAUUUUUUAAUGAACUGCGAUGAUUGCUGAGAACAGCUUAAAAAGCAACAAAUUGUUGCGUGUACUGAAAAAGUGAAUGUGACAAAUGGUGAUGUAACUUAUAAGUGUAGGCCUCUUACUUUUUAUGAAGGGCUCUUACAAAACAAUAUUUGCACGCACAGAAAUGUAUGUUGAGUGAUUUCAGUGUGUGAGUGACGAAAGUUUUGAGAGAAGUAACAAAUGUAUGUACGUGACUGAUUUUUAUGUGGCAUAGGCGUGAUGUAUAUGUAGUGCAUCUGAGGUGAACCAGAAUGCCCCUUGGAGACUGUACUGCUACCUGUACGCCCUAUUUUUGUGUUGCUGGUUUCUGAUUUCCCAUUAAAAUUUUUAUGAUAGCUGUGGCAUGGUAUUAAAAACUAAAGUGUUAAGAUUUGUUGUGAUAGUUGCAACAUUCCACACAUUUGGCGGCAGCUGGAGAGCCAGUUACAGUCUUUGUAAGAAACAUUACAACUGUAUAAAUCAUACUAUCUUGUAGCUCUCUGCUAUAAUCCUUAAUGCCUUGAAGGUUAUUUUUCAAUGUGUACUCCAGAUUAUUAGGUCAGUUCUUAUACUCAGUGACACUGAUAGAAAAUGUGUAACAGUUUGUUAUUAAAGAUUUUUGUGUGUAUGAUGCA